AUGAAAUUUGGAGUUGAAAAGAAAGCACACAAAUGGAAAUGGAACAGGCUAGUGAAUACAGAUUUUAGUGGUAAAUUCACUUUGCUACCAUUUCAAAACAAAAGGAAUGAUGAUAUUUGGGCGGAGGAAGGUGAAGUUGUACCACCAGUUUUAAUUAAUGCACCAACGGAUAAAUUCAAAAAAGGAAUUAUUUUUUGGGGUGGAAUUUCUUCACAUGGACUUAUACCUGCUCGUGCACCAAUUAAUUUUACAGAAUGGCUACAUCAACAACCACCACAAAAGAAAAGGAAAUAUUUAACAGGUGAUUUAUAUGCGAAGUUUGUUACCGAAAAAGCCGCACCAGCAAUCAAACGAGUGUUCAGAAGUACUGGUGUUAUACCAAUCUUCCGGGACGAUCAGGACAGCAAGCAUAGAACGGCGAUUGUGAUGGAUACUAUUAAUUCUUUAUUUGGCGAACGUGUUGAUCCCGAAAUAGGUGAUUCAAAAUUAGCUGAUGUUUGGGUGAUAGAAAAUGUAUGGGGUGCGAUUAAAGAAAGAUUGAGAGGGCAACAAUUUAAUGACGCAUCAGAAUUGGAAAAUCAAGUAGCCCAACAGUGGAGAAUAUUUACUGUCGAAAAAUGUAGGCAAAGGAUGAAAGAAAUACCUGAUCGACUGAAGCGAGUGAUAGAUCAAGAUGGGAAACAAAUACACAAUCAUUCAUAA